CAACAAUGCCUUAACAUGAAAUGUUGCUUGUCCUUUUUGUACAACAUACAAAAGAUGCAGACGUCCAGUACCACCUGUAGCCUGGGCUCAGCUGAUGAGAAUGCGGUGAUGCAAGCGGACGACGCGUUGAAGACCGUUCAUCUGGAGCUGACGGAGACCUGCCUGGACAUGAUGGCGCGAUACGUCUUCUCGAACUUCUCCGCCUUGCCCAAGAGGUCUCCCAUCGCAGAGUUUCUGUUAUCCGGUGGACCCAGUAUGACGUGGCUGGUUGGGAAUAAAUUGGUCACCAUAACAACCAGCGGCGGGUCUCGAACGCAAGCCCUGCUGGGUUUGGACAUGACGGAGCGACCCGUAGGAGGAGAAAUGACCAGGUCAGACCCGUCCCUGCACACCCGCCAGACCAAAGAAGCUCCCGCUAAACUGGAGUCCCAGUCCGGCCAGCAGAUCAACACAACCACUCGAACCCGAGUCCGCUCCAUAUCAGGAGGUCACGCUCUACGGGCCGGCCCAGCUCAGAGUCUCAGUCCACUGGUGGCGUCUCCUGAAGUAGAGUACAGCGGCCCGUUGCCUCUGCCUGGCCCCCCGCUGGAGGUCCUGGGGUCCCAGAGGGGAGGAGAAGACCACCCUCUGCCCUCCACCUCUCAUUCCUCCCCUCCUCUCAAAGACAAGUCCAGCUUGGCAGAGUUUGUGCCCAUGUUGACGCAGGGUUGGGCCGAGAUCUUCAUCCGCAGACCCUCAGGUAACACCAGCUGGCUGAUGUGUUUGGAGAAUCCCCCGAGCCCCUUCUCCUCCGAGUUGGGUAACCUUCCCCUGCAGGAGCUGUCCAGCGUGCUGAUGGCCAUGGAUGGGGUGAAGGAACCCCAGGCCGAUGCCCCCGUUACCCCCGUUGAAGUACCCCCACCCCAGAGCAAACCCUGCCUCAUUCAGCGCUCCAAUACAGACUCUGAGGUUUUGGAAGAAGGAGGGCGGAGCAAAGCGACGAUCUCGGCGUCAAACUCUCAAGAGGUGGAGGAGUUUGAGGCCAUGCCGUCUGACCCGAUCUUCAUCGGUACUGAAAAGACGUCUGCCAGCAGGCUCAGCCGGUCCUCUUCAACAUCCAGUCAGGACGAUGAGAAGUCCACCCUUGAGGAAGUGAGCGAGGGCGGUAUCCCCAUCGAUCAACCGCCUUUGACCCUCUCCACCCCUGGAGCCCAAGACACCGACCUCACCUUCUCUCAUACCACAACCCUCAAUAAAUCCAGCUCCUCACCAGAGCUCCAGACGCUGCCCGAAGCCUUCACCAAAGACACGGUCCCGAGCGCCGCGGUCGGAGAUGCUCUCUGCACCAAGGCCCAAGCUCCUGCUGAAAGAGAUGUCCCAGGAGAAGCCGUUUGGCACGGAGAGAGUGUCGGAUCCAGCACCAGCGUGUCCAUCUCGUCUUCAUCCAUGUCCAGAAUGAAACUAGAGUUUCCCACGUCCCAGCCGGGAACGGUGUCUCCCACCGGACACAGACCCCGCGGACACACCAUUUCUGUCUCCGCGCCGUCAUCCCGCAGGGAGAGAAAGUCGGACAGAGACUCGUACCACAAUCGCGGAGGUCCAACCAAUGCCGAGAAGAGCUCGGGACUCAGUCCAAGCUUUGUCUUCCUGCAGCUCUAUCACUCACCGUUCUUUGGAAAUGAGGCCAACAAGCCCCUCCUGCUGCCCAAAUCUCAGCUGAUCGAUCGUGCUGUUAAAGUCUUGGAUCAGAUGCCUCCGUAUGACACGCACAAAAUCGGUGUGGUGUUUGUGGGAGCUGGUCAGGCAAAUAAUGAGGUGUGCAUCCUGUCCAACGAGUACGGAUCAAACCGGUACGCGCAGUUCCUCACGGGCCUGGGCAAACUCAUCCACCUGAAGGACUGUGAUCCAGACCAGAUCUUCCUGGGUGGACUGGAUCAGUACGGAGACGACGGCGAGUUCACCUACUGCUGGCACGAUGACAUCAUGCAGGCUAUUUUCCACAUAGCCACUCUCAUGCCGAACCGAGAGAGCGACAAGGGCUGCUGCAAUAAGAAACGCCACAUCGGCAACGACUUUGUCGUCGUGGUUUACAAUGACUCGGGCGAAGAAUAUAAACUGGGCACUAUUAAGGGUCAGUUCAACUUUGUUGAAGUUGUGAUAAAGCCUCUAGACUAUGAGAGUAACCUGGUCACGCUGCAGUGUCGCAAAGAUCUGGAGGGUUUGGUUGACACCAGCGUGGCAAAGAUCGUGUCUGACCGGAAUCUUCCUCUGCUCGUGAGACAAAUGGCUCUGCAUGCCAAUAUGGCGUCGUUGGUGCACCAGUGCAGGGCGAACCCAUCUGACGCCUACGCUUCAAAAUGGCUGGCGAGACUACGACACAUCAAAAGACUCCGAACCCGGGCUCAAGAGGAAAUUCAGUCCCGUCCCACUCCUGGAAUCUCCCUCACGCAGAGCCACGCCCCCAUGCAGAAUAAACCCGCCCACCAGCCAUCAGGUCCGCCCACAAACCAUGACGCCGGUCAGAGGAAGAGGCUGAUGUCCACGGUCGAUGACUUCACGGACUUUGUUUAGACGGAGAGCUUUGAUGUUUUUAACAGAGGCUUUGCUUUCAUCCGCGGACUUCACUUCAGCGCUGGUGUUAUUAAAAUAUGAUCACUUGAAAAAUAAAAAAACUGUUUUAGGAUCUUUCUGUAACACCUCGUGUUGUACCAGGAGGGGAUUCAUUCAGAAUUUCUCUUGACGGUGGAUUCGGAUGGCAAAGCCAUCUUUAGCAUUACAGUCAAACUGCACACUUGCACACACGGUUGACAUGCUUGUGUUCAUCGAACAUAUCUUGCCUGAGGGAAAAUUCACAGUCUAAUUGUUUUUGACACUUGCUCUUUUUCUCUGACUAUGUUAAAGUUAAAGGUCUGCUUUAAACCAUCCACAAAACAGUGCCAACAAAAACUGAAACGGGCCCAACACACACCCGUAGUAAAGUUUUAGUAGUCUGCUGAAAGAAAAGCUUUAUGAAUCAGGGUUCUGUUAAAAAUCAGCAAGGAAACUGUUACUGUGACUGACAUAAAGGCUUAUGUUUUGAUUUCCGUUGGUUUUUUGUUUGUUUGGUGUGUGUUCGAUGAUGUUGAUGCUAAUGACUUUCUAACAAAACAGGUUUGCAGAAACACACUUGUCCGUUACACAUUUUUAUGUUGAAGGGUUUGUGUGCGCAUGCGUGAGCUUUGCUACCAAAUAAAACACUAAAACGCAGAACCCAAAAAAACAUGUUUGGAGUUUCCUUGUUUCUUUGCUUGAUUUUCUAAUGUUAAUUUUUGUUUUACUCUUAUCAAGGAUAAAUGUGGGUUAAAAUUGACAGAAUCCUUACAUGUGAUGUUAAAUACAGUGAUUCUAGUCAUUUCAAAAGUGUUUUUUUACUAUAAAAAAUA